AUGGCGUCAGAUAGAAGUAUGGAGCUACUUCGCGACGAGCUCAUUAGGAGAGCGCGGGGAGAUGGACAAGCAGAUGCUGCUACAGACCGAAACCAGAUCCUAGCAGAGCGCCGACGAACCAUGUUGCGGGACAUGCAGACGGAAAUGGAGCCUGACACGACUCGACGAUUUCCUCGGCGGCUUUUGCUGCCUCGACUGGCAUUGGGACGAAGACGAGGUGCUCUGGGCGAUGAAGAAGCUGCCCUGGAGAGCCCCAAGACUCCGGUUGUUCAGUCAAGACAAACGAAUUCCUCACCUCUGUCAGCUCCUCAGCCGGCUCGCCUUGCGGGAGCGCCUGGCGCCAACGGAUCUCCAGAACCCAUGGCACCCCCGUAUUCAGAAGCGCAGCGACAGACCGACAAGAGGGAAAAGAAGAAGAAGUUCUUGUUCUGUUUCCCGUUCAUCAAAUCGAGGCAUGUGAGGAUGCAAAUUGCUCAAUGCUUCGUGGCUGCGACGUUCCUCUUUUCGCUGCUGGCAGUGUAUUUGGGUAUAACGCUAACGAAGCACGCUGUUAUUGGCGAGUUGAACAUCAUGUUGAUUAUGAUCAUUCUGCUGGCAGCGGUCUUCUUCUGCUACAGCCUGGUUCGGUUAUGGAUGCUCAUUGCUCGCGGAGACCCCCCCGAAGUUCCUAGGGCGAUAGACCCGCGCGGAUAUGCCGUCCCACGCAAGCCCAUACGGGUGGUGAUGGUUCAGGAUGAAGAAGCUGCUGGUGUUGAGAGUGAAGCCAUGAGGAUGAAGCCCCCUGCUUACGGACUCUGGCGAGAGAGUGUGCGGGUGGACCCCAAUCGCUUUUUCUGGCAAAGGAAUGAGACUGCUCAAGCUCCUGCUUCUCGGCCGACAACGGGACCAAGACCACCAUCCUACGCCUCUGACGAUGGAGUGUCUUAUGUGGUCGAAGCAGUGCCUCGCUCCAUCGCUCCAUCCUCAUCAACGAGCGAGCCACAGCCGGUACAUCCUUCAGAAAGAGGACGAGCUGGCCAGCCGCCUCCGAACUGA